GUGAAGUUAAAAAUAAACUGAAAUGAAAACAAUUCAUGCUGGAACGUCAACAAAAAACUUAGUUUCUGUCUUAAUAAAUUAGACUAAAAAUGAUUCACAGUUUAUUUAUUAUAAAUCCCUCAGGGGAUGUGUUUAUGGAAAAGCAUUGGAAAAGUGUGAUACAUCGCUCUGUAUGUGAUUAUUUUUUUGAUGCUCAGAGAAAAGCUGCAUCUCCUGAUGAUAUUCAGCCAAUCAUUGCUACACCUCAUCAUUACUUAAUUAGUAUUUUCAGAUGCAACAUGUUUUUUGUUGCUGUUACAACUACAGAAGUAUCUCCUCUAUUUGUCAUUGAAUUUCUUCACAGAGUUGUUGAAACCUUUGAAGAUUACUUUGGGGAUUGCUCUGAAUCUUUAAUUAAAGAACAUUAUGUAGUAGUUUAUGAGCUUUUGGAUGAGAUGUUAGAUAAUGGAUUCCCUCUUGCGACUGAAUCCAAUAUUUUGAAAGAGAUGAUAAAGCCACCAAACAUAUUGCGUACAAUAGCAAAUACUGUAACUGGACGUUCCAAUAUAAGUACUACAUUACCAACAGGCCAGCUUUCUAGUAUACCAUGGCGGAGAACUGGUGUAAAAUAUGCAAAUAAUGAAGCUUACUUUGAUAUAAUUGAAGAAAUUGAUGCCAUUAUGGAUAACAGAGGGUCAGUGAUAUCUGCAGAAAUACAAGGAUGUAUUGAUUGUUGUAUAAAAUUGAGUGGAAUGCCAGAUCUCAGUUUGUCUUUCGUUAAUCCAAGAAUUUUUGAUGAUGUUAGUUUUCAUCCAUGUGUUCGAUUUCGCCGUUGGGAAUCAGAGCGCAUAUUGUCUUUUGUACCUCCAGAUGGUAACUUUAGGCUGAUGUCAUAUCACAUAGGAUCUCAAAACAUGGUGGCCAUGCCUUUCUAUAUCCGGCAUGAUUUAUCAUUUUCUGAAGUGAGUGGUGGUAAGCUAGAGAUAACUGUAGGACCUCAAGUUACAAUGGGAAAAGCUCUAGAAAAUGUGAUUGUGGAAAUUCCAAUGCCUAAAUCAGUAUUAAAUAUGACUUUAAGACCUAGUCAAGGCAAAUACACUUUUGAUCCUGUAAGUAAAAUAAUGAUUUGGGAAGUAGGACGAAUUGAAUCUCUUCGAAGGCCAAACAUAAAAGGAUCUAUUGCUUUGCAAAGUGGAACCGGAACUCCAGAAAGUAAUCCUACUUUAACUGUGAAAUUUACUAUUAAUCAAUUAGCAAUAUCAGGUUUGAAAGUGAAUCGUUUGGAUAUGUAUGGAGAGAAAUAUAAGCCUUUUAAAGGAGUGAAAUAUGUUACAAAAGCUGGAAGAUUUCAAGUAAGAACUUAAAGAAAAUAAAAUGUUUUUAUGUCAUCUUUGAAACUUUCAUAUAUUCUUGGAGUUGUACAUUAUGUAAGCAAAUUUAAAAUUUAUUGAAAUCAUGUAAAUAAUGAAAAAAUAUUUUUAUUGAGAUGUAUGAAUUUGUUUUGUAAUGGAAUAUGCCAAG